GUUCCAAACAGAAUACAACAUGUCUGCGCCCACCAAACAAACGUGGAGCGGAAGGAGGGAAGCAUGUCUGACAUUUUGAACAAAAUAACAGAAUGAUGGCCAACCAAAAAGGAACCAAGCGUAAAAGGGAGGUGGAUGUUGAUACACUUAAAGAUGCACCUCGAGAGGUUAGGGUAGUAGAGUAUGUGGAGAAUCGAGCAGCAGAGAUCAAAGCCCUGCAGAAGUAUCUUGGCGAGUCAAGGGGAAACCGCCUUGUUAUGCAGCUUCUCCCUAAAGGUCUGAGACGGCGAGCCCUUAGUCACAACAUCAAACGGCUACCACGGCGACUCCGGGAGGCGGCCAAAAAAGAGUAUGUCAACCGUGAUACAAAGUCACGAAGAAAACCCCCAAGUCGUAAGUUUCGUCGACGACCAAAGAAUUUACUGGACGAGUACAACAGAAGGCAACGAAAACAUGUUUGGUUAGAGACACACAUUUGGCAUGCCAAACGAUUUAAAAUGGAGGAAAAAUGGGGGUACAAAAUUCCAAUACAGCCUACAGAUAAAAGCAAGAGGGCAUCCUAUAGGUCAACUAAACGCCAUUGUCUCAUUCAGGACCAUUCGUACAUGUGUUGUAUAGAGCUGAAAGGGCCAGAGCAUUGUCUAUUGGAUGGUCUGAGUCACAUGACCAAUAAUUCCACAGGUCAAACUUUUGCAGCCAAAGGCUGUCUGUCUGGGAUAAGGGAAGGUCUGACAAUGCUCUACUCGUGUGAUCACUAUCCUCUGGGGGCCAUCGGCUGUGCCUCAUUUCUAUGGAAACCUCUGACAGGAAGUGAUGUCACACUGACAAAUAUUAGGCAGUUAUGGAUUUGGGUCCACCCUGGUUGUCAUGGUGAAGUCUGUCAGAAUCUGGAGAAGUCUUUCCUGUUAUCCAAGGAAAUGAAAUAUCAAAACAAGGGCAUGGAAGUUUGGACAGAAACUUCGGAAGAGAAUACACAAAUUUCUGAUACUGACAAUGAUGAAACACAGGGAAAAGUUGAUACUCAGGUUGAAAGUAUGAAGAUAAAUGAAACCGUGGAAAACGGUUGUCAAGACAACAAUAAGACAUCAAACAACAAUUCUGUGAAACCAAACUUAAACAGAUCACAAAAAACUGACAGUGGCAGUGAGAAAGAGCUUGUGACCUGGGAGAUGAAAGUUGGGGAAGUGGAGAUGGAGUCAUUGAAGGAUUGUCUUGUUCGAUUCUGUCUGACAGGUCCUAUGUCACAAACAGUUCUAUCACAAACACUUCAGGUGGCUGAUAUAAUACCACAAGGAAGCAGGGACUUAUGGUGGCAGCAAUUUUACAGCAAGGAUCACAUGGCCAUUGGUCAUACACAGCAAAGACAAUUCUGGAAUGAGGUCACUAAGUGCAGAUCUCCAGGGGAGCUAACUCCCCACUUAGUGAUGGGUUUAACAGUAAGAGACCCCAGGAUCUUGAUGCCUGAUAUCAGAACCAAGGCCACAGAAAAUCAGGAGGUGGAGACUGACCCUUGUGUAAUGUCCGAAGCUCCUGUACCAGACGUGUCCUUAUCAGCCAUUUGGGAUCCAACUGUGAGAUCAAAUGUCAAAGAAACCAAAAUGACAGAUCACCAACUCAAUAAACUCAAGUCAGAGCAUCUGAUACCAGGAACUCCUCUAGAGUUAGGCCAAAGGGAAUCCAAAAUCCCCAUAAUCCUUAUCCAGAAUCCUGGAGUUAGGUCAAGGUCAAAAGGUCAAAGCAGUACAGCUCCCAGUUACGGCAGUGGAUGGGACAUUGUAAUUCCAGCAGGAUGGAGCAUGGCAUUCUGGGUAGGAUUUAAUUACAGGUGUGCACGAGCAGGUGGACUUCAGGAGUCCGAAAGUGUUGCUCAUGAGCAGGGAGUACUGCACUUUCCACAAGGUUACCCGGAUACUGUUGUAGGUAGGGAAGAUGAGAGAAACCUACAUCAUCAGUUAUUGGAUACAUACAACAAGAAGCCACCUGCCAAGCGUCCUAAUUAUACCAAGCUCGGUAUACAAUGCCCAUUCCAAUUCCCCUGGAGAAGCCUUGUGAAGCAGUGGGCAAUGAAAGAAGGGAUGGAAGAAAAGUGGAAUCAAACUGGAGAUGAAUUUUAUGUAUUGAAAGACAAGGGAAUUUUGAAGGAAGUGAGUAAAGUUCUAACAGAGUUUACAGAUAGAAAGCUGUCCAAAGAAAACAAAGAAGGUCUAUCUACAAACAUGGUUUCCAGGAACCACCAAUUUCUGAGCCUUGUAAGCAAGAAUACUAACUGUCUGGUUCCUGUGGAGAUUGCAAUGGCUACUCGUGGUUGUCCUGAACGAUUUGCAAACAUAUCCAUCCCAACACAAGAGGAUUUGGCUCGACUUGUAUCUGACCCAAAAUCUGGUGGUCCAACAGAAAUGGUGCAUAAAACAAGGAAUGAAAAGGAAGACAUGAAAAAAACAAAGAAACAAAAGUUAGAUAAAAAUAGUGAAAAACGUUCAAUAGGAAAAAUGGAGGAUUCUCAUACCGCUGGAAAUGAGGAAGGCCCUUCUCAGAGUGAAACGCAUAAUGUUGAUGAGAUGAGUGUUGACCUUAUUGGUAACUGCAGUCGUUCAGUGAUUGGUUACAUAAAGGAAGGAGGAUUCAUGUUGGGAGUGGGGAAUGGCAGGGGCCUAGGAUUUGUCUCAAUCAUUGGACUUAUCAAACUGUUGGGUACAUUGCCACACAAACUACCUUGUACAGUGUUAGUGAGAAACCCAACGUCCUAUCAGUAUAGGUAUGCCAACCUACAUGUUCUUUAUUAAAAGGUGAAAUAUCA